AUGUCUUCACUUCUCUACACUCGCAGUCGCUUCUCUGUUGCUCUCAGAGUGUUUACUCUGCGCAGAUUUUCUUCCACAGUCACUUGGAAUGCUUCAGAAGAAGAGAAAGUCACUGAUGCAACUGAAGAAGAUUCAAGAUUCAUUCACCCCUCUUCAGUUGUUCAUCCCAAUGCCAUUUUGGGUGAUGGUGUUUCAAUUGGUCCCUUCUGUACCAUUGGGCCUUUUGCAAAGUUGGGGAGGGCUUGUCAACUGUACCCUGGGAGCCACAUCUUUGGAAAUACUGAACUGGGGGACAAUUGCACUCUGAUGACUGGUGCUGUAAUUGGAGAUGAUCUUCCUGGUCAUACAGUCAUCGGGAGAAACAAUAUUUUUGGGCAUCAUGCUGUAAUUGGUGUCAAGUGCCAAGACAUGAAAUAUAAGCUUGGGAAUGAGUGCUUUCUCGAGAUUGGUGACAACAAUGAGAUCAGAGAACAUGUAUCCAUCCAUCGAUCUUCAAGUCCAAGUGAUAAAACCGUUAUUGGUGAUAACAAUCUUAUUAUGGGCUCUUGCCAUAUAGCUCAUGACUGCAAAGUGCGCAACAACAAUAUUUUGGCAAACAAUACACUUCUCGCUGGCCAUGUUUUGGUGGAGGACUAUGCUCACACUGGAGGAGGUAUUGUAGUUCAUCAAUUUUGCCAUAUUGGUUCUUUUUCUUUCAUUGGUGGUGGUUCAGUGGUUUCUCAAGAUGUUCCAAAGUACACGAUGGUGUCGGGGGAAAGAGCUGAGCUUCGUGGGUUGAAUCUUGAAGGCCUAAGACGUCGUGGAUUCUCUGCUACAGAGAUAAAGAGCCUGAGAGCAGCUUAUAGAGAGAUAUUUAUGCCCACUGAUAUGAGUUCUGGGAAUAUUGAAGAUCGACUAGCUCAAGUGGAGCAACAUAAAGAGCUUGGUCUAUUUCCAGCUGUCUGUUCCAUGGUACAGUCAAUACGAGAUUCUUUCGCUGAAAAUCGCCGUGGAAUUUGCAAAUUUAGAAGUUGGAGUGGAUCUUAGCUGCUUUUCUUCAAAUGUGGUUGGUUUGUGGUUGUCAAAGUAGUAACUCCUCUCUACAACAUAAAAGGCAAUGACGGACAACAACAAAACUGGGUUGGUUGAUACCGGUGCCCGAAAGCA